UUGCUGAACAACAUACACACAUCGCCGUCUCCGCUCUCGCCGUUCCUUCUCACGCGACCAUUCGCCAAUCUCUAUACCGCUGAAGCAAUACCGGUGACCACAGCCAGGGAGACAGCGCCGGUCCCUUGCGUGGAGCCCCCAAGGGCGAGCCGUCAAUAUGAGACUCGAUGUCAAGAGACAGCUGUUUGCUCGCAGCGAGAGGGUGAAGGGCAUUGACUUUCACCCUACAGAGCCAUGGAUCCUCACCACCCUCUACAGCGGCCAUGUAUACAUCUGGUCCUACGAAACGCAAUCGAUCAUCAAGACAUUCGAACUCACCGAUGUCCCCGUCCGCGCCGGCCGAUUCGUUGCGCGCAAGAACUGGAUUGUAUGCGGCAGCGACGAUUUCCAACUACGAGUCUACAACUACAACACUUCCGAGAAAAUCACAUCCUUCGAGGCACACCCAGACUACAUCCGAGCGAUCGUGGUGCAUCCCUCACAGCCGUUUGUGUUGACAGCCAGCGAUGAUAUGACGAUCAAGCUUUGGGAUUGGGACAAGCAAUGGAAGUGCGUGCAGGUAUUCGAAGGACACAGCCAUUAUGUUAUGGGCUUGGCAAUCAACCCCAAGGACACCAACACAUUCGCGUCGGCCUGCUUGGACCGGACGGUCAAGAUUUGGAAUUUGGGUUCUGGCACGGCGAACUUCACAUUGGAGGCACACGAAACGAAAGGUGUCAAUCACGUCGACUACUACCCGCAAUCUGACAAGCCAUACCUUUUGACUACCUCGGACGAUCGCACGGUCAAAAUCUGGGAUUAUACCACAAAGGCAUUGAUCGCGACUCUCGAGGGCCACACGUCCAACGUUUCCUUCGCGUGCUACCACCCCGAGCUUCCGGUCAUAAUUUCUGGUUCCGAGGAUGGCACGGUCAAGAUUUGGCAUGCCAACACGUACCGCUUGGAGCAGUCGCUUUCGUAUGGCCUGGAGCGUGCAUGGUGUGUUUCGUACCAAAGAGGCAGGCAAGGGAUUGCCAUGGGUUUCGACGAUGGUGCUGUGGUCGUGAAGAUGGGUCGGGAGGAGCCAGCUGUUUCCAUGGACGGUUCUGGCAAGAUCAUUUGGGCACGGCACUCUGAGAUUCUCACUUCAGUCAUCAAGGGCGGAGACAAAUCUAUCAAGGACGGCCAGCCGAUAUCACUUCCGUCGAAAGAUCUUGGCAGUACUGAGCUCUACCCUCAAACACUCUUGCACUCUCCCAACGGACGUUUCGUGGCAGUAUGCGGCGAUGGCGAGUACAUCAUCUAUACAGCAUUGGCGCUUCGAAAUCAGGCCUUCGGAUCUGCGCUAGACUUCGCAUGGGCCUCGAAGGAGAAUGACAAGGACUAUGCUAUUCGAGAAUCGCAGUACUCUGUCAAGAUCUACCGCAAUUUCAAACCCAAAUCCGGCGACGGCAGCGUCAACGUCGGCUUCACCGCGGAAGGACUCAGCGGUGGCGUCUUGCUCGGUGUCAAGGGACAAGGUGGCAUUGGCUUUUUCGACUGGGAGACGGGCAAGCUCGUGCGAAGGAUAGAGGUCGAGCCUCGCAACGUGUACUGGUCGGAGUCAGGGGAACUGGUGUGCCUUGCUUGCGAAGACACAUACUACGUGCUUCGAUACUCGCGGGAACAGUACCUCGCAGCGAUACAGUCUGGGCAAGUGGAGGAGGAUGGUGUGGAGGAGGCCUUCGAGGUGGUCUGCGAUAUCAAUGAGAGCGUGAGGACUGGCCAAUGGAUUGGCGACUGCUUCGUAUACACCAACAGCACCAACCGUCUGAACUAUCUGGUCGGCGACCAGACCUACACCAUCUCGCAUUUCGACCAGCCAUACUAUGUCCUUGGGUAUCUCGCACGGGACGGCAGAGUCUAUGUCUGCGACAAGGACGUUUCCGUUACCUCUUUCGCUCUUUCAGUCAGUGUCAUCGAGUACCAGACACUCGUCCUUCGCGGUGAUCUGGACGCUGCCACCGAAAUGCUCUCACAAGGCGAGAUUCCGGAGGAGCAGAAAAACAAGAUCGCUCGGUUCCUCGAGGGUCAGGGCUACAAGGAGCAAGCGCUUGAGGUCGCUACAGAUUCAGAGCACCGCUUCGAGCUGGCACUGGGACUGGGUGAGCUCAAGAUUGCUCUCGAACUUGCGAGGUCAGCCGACGUCGAGCACAAGUGGAAGACAGUCGGCGAUGCUGCGCUUAGUUCGUGGGAUCUGCAGCUCGCCGAGGAGUGCUUUAGGAAUGGCAAGGACCUGGGCAGUCUCCUUCUCCUGUACACUUCGUCAUGCAACGAAGAGGGCUUACGCUACUUGGCGGAGAAGGCGCAAGAAGCUGGCCAGCACAAUGUCGCGUUUACGUGCCUGUGGCAGACGGGCGAUGUCGAUGGCUGCCUCGACAUUCUUCUCAAGACGGGCAGAACGGCCGAGGCUGUAUUGUUCGCGCAAAGCUAUAAGCCCAGUCGCUGCACAGAAAUCGUCAAGCUAUGGAAGCAAGGUCUCGAAAAGACUGGCAAGAGUAAAGUCAGUCGAUUGCUUGGGGUUCCGGGCGAGGAUGAAGAAAUGUUCCCCGAAUGGGAGGAGUACCUUCGACUUGAAAGCGAGGGCGGUUCGCAUGGUGACCUCAUUGAUGUCAACGGUGCAUCAGACGAGGCGCCGGCGGUCGACGAGGCUGCAGAGGAAGCAGAUACCGUGGAACCAGAGGCGGAGGAGGAGGAUGAGGCGGUCGCGGCUGACGACGAGGUAGAAAAGGAUGAGUAA